ACCAACUUGAAGACACUCCCCCUGCCUAAUUUGGGGGAAGCACUACCUUUUUUUUGCCUCCCUCCCAGGGAACAUUACUUUAUUCUUUUCUUUUCUCUUCAGUCUCCACUAAACAAAAGAAGCUCUGGACACUGCUACUCUCAAGAACCAUAAGGAGUGCCACAUCACAGCAAAUCUAUAUGCUCCUGGUUAUUAGCUGUGACUAGUUCAACAGUAACGGGAGAAGUGGAAGAGCCCUCACAAAGAAAGGCAGGAUUUCUCCAAACCUGCCAUGGCGCUUAUAUGGCUGGCUAAGUUCAUGCUGGGAUAUACAGUGUUAUGGUAUGUGAAACAAGCUCUGGGUCAGAUGGAGCAAGGAGAUCUUCAUGUGGACAGGUUUGCAGGCCAAGAAGACAAACUAAUUCCCCAAAGAGUACGGAGGAGGGGACAAGACACUCUUAGAGGGCCUAAUGUUUGUGGAUCCAGAUUUCACUCAUACUGUUGUCCUGGCUGGAAAACAUUACCAGGAGGAAACCAGUGCAUUGUUCCAAUUUGUCGGAACUCAUGUGGAGAUGGCUUUUGUUCACGGCCUAACAUGUGUACUUGCUCUAAUGGACAGUUAUCUACAACUUGUGGGGCUGGCAUAGUUUUUAACUGUAAUGUUCGGUGCAUGAAUGGAGGAAGCUGUAAUGAAGAUUCCUGUGCUUGCCAGAAAGGAUACACCGGCACUCACUGUGGACAGCCUAUCUGUGAAAAUGGAUGUCAGAAUGGAGGGCGUUGCAUUGGCCCUAACAGAUGUGCUUGUGUCUAUGGGUUUACUGGUCCUCAGUGUGAAAGAGAUUAUCGCACAGGCCCAUGCUUCACACAGAUCAGCAACCAGAUGUGUCAGGGCCAGCUUAGUGGUAUUGUGUGCACAAAGACUUUGUGUUGUGCUACCAUUGGUCGUGCUUGGGGUCACCCAUGUGAAAUGUGUCCUGCUCAACCUCACCCUUGCCGCAGAGGUUUUAUACCCAACAUCCGCACUGGAGCUUGCCAAGAUGUAGAUGAAUGUCAAGCCAUUCCAGGUCUGUGCCAGGGAGGCAACUGUAUCAACACUGUGGGCUCCUAUGAAUGUAAAUGCCCAGCUGGACAUAAGCAGAGUGAGACAUCCCAAAAGUGUGAAGAUAUUAAUGAAUGCAGCACAAUCCCCAAUGUAUGUGAUGGUGGGGAAUGUACUAACACAGCCGGAAGUUAUGUCUGUGUGUGUCCCAGAGGUUUCACUACAAGCCGUGAUGGGUCCCGUUGCAUUGAUCAGCGGGUUGGCUCAUGUUUCUCAGCUCUGAUAGGGGGCAGAUGUGCUGGAGAACUACCUGGUCAGUUUACCAAGGCUCAUUGCUGCUGUGAAUCUGGACGCUGUUGGGCCAUUGGCCAAAUACCUGAAAUGUGUCCUGUACGAGGGUCUGAUGCAUACCGAAGACUUUGCAUUGAAGGGUUGCCCUUAGGUCCUGGAUUUGGACCUGAAGUAGGACCUGGUGACAUGAGACCAGGAGAAACUGGAGGUAAUGGCAUACGGCCAGUUCGUCCUGGACCAAAUGGGCCUGAAGUUUUGCCUGGCUUGAGCACUGGCAUUGGAACUGCAACUUUGAAUCAGACUGGAGAUAUCUGCAAAUUGUUUACUAAUCUGUGUCAGAAUGGACGCUGCAUACCAACUCCAGCCAGUUAUCGAUGUGAAUGCAAUAUGGGAUAUAAACAAGAUAGUCGUUUGGAGUGUAUCGAUGUGGAUGAGUGUUCAAGUAGUCCUUGUAUCCAUGGUGAUUGUGUGAACACCCCAGGGUCCUACCACUGCAGGUGCCAUGAAGGGUACCAAAGCAAUCCUACCAAACAGGCUUGCAUUGACAUUGAUGAGUGCAUCAUGAAUGGUGUGAUGUGCCGAAAUGGACGUUGUGUAAACACAGAGGGAAGCUUCCAAUGUAUUUGUAAUGCUGGCUUUGAAACUACUCCAGAUGGGAAGAACUGUGUUGAUCAUGAUGAAUGUGCAACUACAAACAUGUGUCUUAAUGGAAUGUGUAUCAACGAGGAUGGCAGUUUUAAAUGUAUUUGUAAACCAGGAUUUGUGCUGGCACCAAAUGGACGCUACUGUGUUGACGUGGAUGAAUGCCAGACCCCAGGCAUCUGCAUGAAUGGGCGCUGCAUCAAUACCGAAGGCUCUUUCCGUUGUGAAUGUCUUGGUGGCCUAACCAUUGGCAUAGAUGGAAGGGUCUGUGUUGAUACUCACAUGCGCAGCACCUGUUAUGGUGCUAUCAAAAAGGGUACUUGUGCUCGUCCUUUUCCUGGAGCUGUCACAAAGUCUGAAUGUUGCUGUGCCAGUCCUGAUCAUGGAUUUGGUGAGCCCUGCCAGCCUUGUCCAGCAAAAAACUCUGCUGAAUUCCAGGCUCUUUGUAGCAGUGGCAUUGGCAUCACAGCAGAUGGUAGAGAUAUUAAUGAAUGUGCCCUAAACUCUGAGAUCUGCCCCAAUGGUAUAUGUGAGAACCUGCGUGGCAGUUAUCGCUGUAUAUGCAAUCUGGGCUAUGAAUCAGAUGCUAGUGGAAAGAACUGUGUGGAUGUUGAUGAGUGUGCUGUCAACCGCCUGCUUUGUGAUAACGGCCUGUGCCGUAACACUCCUGGCAGCUAUACCUGCACCUGUCCUAAAGGUUACGUCUUCAGACUUGAGUCAGAGACCUGUGAAGAUAUCAACGAGUGUGCCUCAAACCCUUGUGUUAAUGGUGUGUGUCGAAAUAAUGCAGGAUCAUUUGUCUGCGAGUGCUCAUUUGGAAGCAAACUGGAUCCAACAGGAACUAUUUGUGUCGAUAGUAUGAAGGGAACUUGCUGGCUAAAUAUACAGGAUGGCCGUUGUGAGGUCAACAUUAAUGGGGCUACAUUGAAGUCAGAGUGUUGUGCUACCUUGGGAGCUGCCUGGGGUAGUCCCUGUGAACGCUGUGAGAUUGAUCCAGCAUGCCCAAGGGGGUAUUCCAGGAAAAAGGGAGUUGCGUGUGAAGAUGUAAACGAGUGUGAGGUCUUCCCUGGAGUGUGUCCAAAUGGACGUUGUGUGAAUACUGCUGGUUCUUUUAAAUGCGAGUGUCCAGAAGGUCUUACACUGGAUGGGUCUGGCAGAAACUGUGUGGAUGUUCGUGUAGAGCAGUGCUAUAUGAAAUGGGAUGAAGAUGAAUGUACAACCCAACUGCCUGGUAAAUACCGGAUGGACAUGUGCUGCUGCUCUGUUGGGGCUGCCUGGGGCAUUGACUGUGAAGAAUGUCCCAAACCUGCCAGUGAUGAGUUUAAAACACUCUGCCCAAGAGGACCUGGUUUUGCAAACAGAGGAGAUGUUCUUUCAGGCCGUCCCUUCUAUAAAGAUGUAAAUGAAUGUAAAGUGUUUAAUAGUCUCUGCACUCAUGGAACAUGCAGGAACAGUAUUGGCAGUUUUAGAUGUAUCUGUGACAGUGGUUUUGCACUGGAUGCCGAGGAGAGGAAUUGUACAGAUAUUGACGAAUGCAGAAUUUCCCCUGACUUGUGUGGACAUGGUACUUGUGUAAACACACCUGGCAGCUUUGACUGUGAAUGUUUUGAUGGCUACGAGAGUGGGUUCAUGAUGAUGAAGAACUGCAUGGAUAUUGAUGAGUGCGAAAGGGAUCCACUGCUCUGCAGAGGAGGAACUUGCAUUAAUAUUGAUGGCAGCUUUGAAUGUAUUUGUCCACCUGGUCAUGAACUGACUUCUGAAGGAAAUGCCUGUGUGGAUAUAAAUGAGUGCUCUUUGAGUGAUAAUCUCUGUCGUAAUGGUCGUUGCAUCAAUAUGAUUGGAACUUACCAGUGUUCAUGUGACUCAGGUUUCCAGUCUACUCCUGAUCGGCAAGGUUGUGUGGACAUUGAUGAAUGUACCAUCAUGAAUGGAGGAUGUGAUACUCAUUGUACAAACUCUGAAGGCAGUUAUGAGUGCAGCUGCAGUGAAGGAUAUGCUCUGAUGCCAGACCAGAGAUCCUGUGCAGAUAUUGAUGAGUGUGAAGACAAUCCAGAUAUUUGUGAUGGAGGACAGUGUACAAACAUCCCUGGAGAAUACAGGUGCCUGUGCUUUGAUGGUUUCAUGGCUUCCUUAGACAUGAAGGCCUGUAUAGAUGUUAAUGAAUGUGACCUCAACCCUAAUAUUUGCCUACAUGGAGACUGUGAGAAUACCAAAGGUUCUUUCAUCUGCCACUGCCAGCUAGGUUAUUUUGUGAAGAAAGGAACCACAGGCUGCACGGAUAUUGAUGAAUGUGAAGUUGGAGCUCAUAACUGUGAUGUUCAUGCCUCUUGCCUAAAUGUUCCUGGGAGCUUUAAAUGCCAAUGUCAGAUUGGUUGGGUUGGAGAUGGCUUAAAUUGUGUUGACCUCGAUGAAUGCACAACUGAAGACCACAAAUGUAAUGCAAAUGCUAAUUGUGUUAAUACCCCUGGGUCAUACCGAUGCGCCUGCAAUGAGGGAUUUAAUGGUGAUGGCUUCACUUGCUCCGAUGUUGAUGAGUGUGCAGACAACGUGAACCUGUGUGAAAAUGGGCAUUGCCUAAAUGCUCCUGGAGGGUACAGAUGUGAGUGUGAGAUGGGAUUUACUCCUACUGAGGACAGUAAAGCAUGCCAAGAUAUCGAUGAGUGCACAUUCCAGAAUAUAUGUGUUUUUGGGACAUGCCAGAAUUUGCCUGGAAUGUUCCGUUGCAUCUGUGAUGAUGGUUAUGAGCUGGACAGAAGUGGAGGAAACUGUACUGAUGUAAAUGAAUGUGCUGACCCAGUGAACUGUAUCAAUGGUCUGUGCGUUAACACUCCAGGCAGCUAUCUGUGCAACUGUCCACAAGACUUUGAGCUGAACCCCACUGGAGUUGGCUGUGUUGAUACCAGAGUUGGAAACUGCUUCUUGGAAACUCAGCCCCGGGGUGAUGGAGGCUUAUCUUGCAGUGCAGAGAUUGGAGUGGGUGUCACACGGGCAUCCUGUUGCUGCUCCCUAGGUCGUGCUUGGGGCAACCCAUGUGAAUUCUGCCCUUUUGCCAACUCCACUGAAUAUAAAACACUUUGUCCAGGAGGGGAGGGAUUCAGACCAAACCCCAUCACUGUUAUUUUGGAAGACAUUGAUGAGUGCCAAGAACUUCCAGGUUUGUGUCAGGGAGGAAACUGUGUGAACACCUUUGGGAGCUUCCACUGUGAAUGCCCAGCUGGAUACUACCUGAAUGAAGAAACUAGAAUCUGUGAAGAUAUUGAUGAGUGUUCUGCACAUAUUGGCAUCUGUGGUCCUGGCACCUGCUAUAACACCCUUGGCAAUUACACCUGCGUUUGCCCACCAGAGUAUAUGCAAGUCAAUGGAGGAAAUAAUUGCAUGGAUAUGAGAAAAAGUGUGUGCUACCGCAACUAUAAUGACACUUGCGAAAAUGAGCUAUCUUCCAAUAUGACCAAAAAAAUGUGCUGCUGUUCAUAUAACAUAGGCAAAGCUUGGAACAAGCCAUGUGAACCUUGCCCUUCACCUGCAACUCCUGAAUAUAUAUUUCUUUGUGGAAACCAGGCCCCUGGAUUCAUUAUUGAUAUUCGUACUGGCAAACCAAUGGAUAUUGAUGAAUGCAGUGAAAUCCCAGCAAUCUGCAGCAAUGGUGUUUGUAUAAACCAGAUUGGAAGCUUCCGCUGUGAGUGUCCAAUGGGCUUCAGCUAUAAUAAUAUUCUUCUUAUCUGUGAAGAUAUUGAUGAGUGCAGCAGUGGAGAAAAUCUAUGUCAGAGAAAUGCAGACUGUAUCAACAUUCCAGGGUCUUACAGGUGUGAAUGCUCCAGUGGAUACAAAUUGUCCCCCAGUGGAGCUUGUGUUGGUCGCAAUGAGUGUCAGGAGAUCCCUAAUGUCUGCAGCCAUGGAACAUGUAUGGACACAGAAGGCAGCUACAUCUGUGUCUGUCACAAUGGAUUUAAAGCCAGUGGGGACCAAACUAUGUGCAUGGAUAUUGAUGAGUGUGAUCGUCAACCGUGUGGCAAUGGAACUUGCAAGAAUACAGUUGGUUCAUACAACUGCCUCUGUUUCCCAGGAUUUGAACUCACUCACAACAAUGACUGCAUGGAUAUUGAUGAGUGCUCUUCUCUUGUGGGCCAAGUCUGCCGCAAUGGCCAGUGCAUUAACAAUGUGGGUUCAUUCCAGUGUCUCUGUCAGGAAGGUUAUGAGAUCACCCCUGAUGGCAAGAACUGCAUGGAUAUUAAUGAGUGUACCAGUUUGCCAGCGACGUGUUCUCCUGGAACUUGCCAGAACCUGGAAGGAUCCUUCCGCUGCAUUUGCCCCCCUGGAUUUGAAGUACAAAAUGACAACUGUAUAGAUAUUAAUGAAUGUGAUGAGGAGCCUAAUAUAUGCCUGUUUGGGACAUGUACAAACACACCUGGUAGUUUCCAGUGUGUCUGCCCUCCCGGAUUUGUUCUAUCUGAUAAUGGACGUCGAUGCUUUGACACCCGCCAGAGUUUCUGUUUCACUCGAUUUGAUAAUGGAAAAUGCUCUGUCCCAAAAGCUUUCAACACAACAAAAGCACGGUGCUGUUGCAGCAAGAUGCCUGGAGAGGGUUGGGGUGAUCCUUGUGAACUGUGCCCACAGGAAGGCAGUGUUGCCUUUCAGGAACUUUGUCCUUAUGGUCAUGGCUCCAUUCCUGGCAUGGGUGACACCAGAGAAGAUGUGAAUGAAUGUUCUGAGAGCCCAGGAAUCUGUGUCAAUGGAGUCUGCAUUAAUACCGAUGGCUCCUUCCGAUGUGAAUGUCCGUUUGGAUAUAAUCUGGAUUACACAGGAGUUAAUUGUGUUGAUACUGAUGAAUGCUCUAUUGGAAACCCAUGUGGUAAUGGAACCUGUUCCAAUGUUGUUGGAGGCUUUGAGUGUGCUUGUGAUGAAGGUUUUGAACCCGGGCCCAUGAUGACUUGUGAAGACAUAAAUGAGUGCACAAACCCACUUCUGUGUGCUUUCCGCUGUAUAAAUACAUAUGGCUCAUAUGAAUGUACAUGUCCUUCUGGAUAUACCCUGCGCGAGGACCAAAGGAUGUGCAAAGAUCUGGAUGAGUGUGCCGAAGGACUGCAUGACUGUGAAUCACGUGGAAUGAUGUGCAAAAACCUCAUUGGUACUUUUAUGUGCAUCUGUCCACCAGGCUUGCAACGUCGACCAGAUGGCGAGGGAUGUAUGGAUGAAAAUGAGUGCCGCACCAAGCCAGGUAUUUGUGCAAAUGGCCGUUGUGUAAAUACUAUUGGCAGCUACAAGUGUGACUGUAAUGAAGGUUUCCAAGUCAGCAGCUCUGGAACAGAGUGUGUCGAUACUCGUCAAGGAUUCUGUUUCACUGAGGUUCUCCAAACCAUGUGCCAGCUGUCCUCCACCAACCGUAACAUGGUCACUAAAUCUGAAUGCUGUUGUAAUAGUGGACGAGGUUGGGGCAAUCAAUGUGAAAUAUGCCCCCUGCCUGGAACUGGAGCCUUCAAAAAGAUGUGCCCACAUGGGCCUGGUUUCUCUACUGAUGGAAGAGACAUUGAUGAGUGCAAAGUUCUGCCAAACUUGUGCAAGAAUGGCCAGUGUAUCAACACUAUUGGGUCUUUCCGCUGUCACUGCAAACUGGGCUACACCACCGACAUUACUGGGACCACCUGUGUGGAUCUGGAUGAAUGUGCCCAGUCUCCCAAGCCAUGCAAUUUCAUUUGCAAGAACACCGAAGGCAGUUAUCAGUGCUCCUGCCCCAGAGGUUACAUUCUGCAAGAAGAUGGAAAGACCUGCAAAGACCUUGAUGAAUGCUCAACCAAACAGCACAAUUGUCAGUUCCUGUGUGUAAAUACUAUUGGGAGCUUCACCUGCAAGUGUCCACCUGGCUUUACUCAGCACCAAUCCUCUUGCAUUGAUAACAAUGAAUGCAAUGCUCAACCCAAUCUGUGUGGUUCACGUGGAACCUGCCAGAAUAACCCAGGUAGCUUUACUUGUGAAUGCCAGAAAGGAUUCUCUUUAGACAACAGUGGCAGCAACUGUGAAGAUGUUGAUGAAUGUGAUGGAAACCACCGGUGCCAACAUGGCUGCCAAAAUGUCCUUGGGGGGUUUCGAUGUGGGUGCCCACAGGGCUAUGUUCAACAUUACCAAUGGAAUCAGUGUGUAGAUGAGAAUGAAUGUGCGUCCCAGUCUGCCUGUGGUUCUGCCUCCUGCUAUAACACACUUGGAAGCUUUAAGUGUGUCUGUCCAUCUGGCUUUGAUUUUGACCAGUCAUUUGGUGGCUGCCAGGAUGUUGAUGAGUGCUCUUCUGGAGGUGGAAAUCCUUGCAGUUAUGGCUGCUCCAACACAGAUGGUGGUUACCUGUGCGGCUGCCCAGGGGGAUACUUUCGAGCUGGCCAAGGGCACUGUGUCUCAGGAAUGGGAUUUGGGAAGGGCUCUUACCUACAAGCUCCAGUUGAAGAAGAUGAAGAGAAUGUCUUAUCCCCUGAAAGCUGCUAUGAAUGCAAGAUCAAUGGGUACCCCAAGCGAGGAAGGCAGAGGCGAAAUGCAGAUGACAUUAAUGGAAAUGAGAUCCAGAAUGUUAGCCUUGCUAGUGUUGACAUAGAUGCUCCACUUAACAUGACCCUAAACAUCUCAGAUCUUGCCAACAAGCAGCAUAUCUUGGAGUUCAUCCCAGCUCUGGAAUCACUAGAGAACCGUGUACGCUACAUAAUCUCACAUGGUAAUGAGGGUGGCAUUUUCCACAUACACCAAAGAGAUGGGAUUAGCUAUCUACAUUUAGGCCAUAAGAAAGUUGCCACGGGUAUAUACAACCUCGAGAUUGCCAGUGUAUCAUUAUACCGAAAGAAGGAACUUCAGAAACUGGAGGAUGAGAAGGACCACAACUACCUCAGUGGAGAAGUAGGUCAAACACUCAAGAUGAAACUUCAUAUACAUCUUUAUUGAGCGCAUAAAUAAACAUUCCUUAUUCGGCCUUCAGGAGACCUGAACUGUACACUUCUAGGAAAACUCUUCUUCUGUGUUUUGUUUAAAUAGCAAGCUUUUGUGUCAGAAACCUCAGCACUAAAGCAUUAGAUUGAUGGGAAAUGUGGAAUAUGGGUCCAGUGAAAUAUGUAUUUUAAGGUUACUUGUCAUAGCUUCUUUUUUAUAUAAAAUUGCUGGAUGAAAAAUUGAAGGAAAAACUUUAAAAUCUAAUGAAGAUAUAUUGAGUUUAAGGUAGAUGUCUGCCAAUAUGCAAAUAAUAGAUGGAUGGUAUGUAUUUAAAUCUCUAGGUUUUUCCUUUUUCCCAAAACUCUGUACUGGGGAAAGAAGGAAGUUGCAGCUAUAUACACUGCCUUGAUAGUACAAUGGUUCUCUUAACAUGAAGUCAAUUUGGGCAAAGUUUAUUUUAAGUAUUUAAAUAUCUUUUGACAGAUUUGCUUGAAAACCUCCUGAACCAUGUAUUUGUGCCUUUAAAGUUUUUAAACAAUACAUCUACUCAAAUGAAUUGCAAGUAGAUACUGUAAUAAAUAAAAUGAAUUUAGUUCUUGUAGUUAGUUAAUUGUGACUGGCAUUUUGCUGUUGGAAGCAAUUAGGAGGUGGCUCUUCAAUAUUGCUCAGAAGCGUUUUUACUUCUAAGGACAUUGCAGCGUUCCAAAGCAGGAAAACGACAGUUUACACAAUAUAGGACAGAAUUACAGCAAUAAUUGGUGUCUUAUUUUUAGAUAUUUAUUAACAUAAGAUAAAAGUUUAAAAGCUAUAGUGGCAGAUUAAUAUGUGGAUUUAGGUUUUAAUCUGCAUAUUUAGCUGGUGAUAUUUUUGGUUUUUGAUUUAAUAUGGUGGUAAAAUGGAGUGCAAAAAUCCCCACCUUUAGUAAAUUUUUAAGGAAGAUGGACCCAAGACCUAAUUAACAUAAUAAUGAAAAUUAUUCUAUUUUCUUUUAAUUCAAUAUUUUACGCUACUCAUUGCCCUGGAAAAUUCUGUACAGGAUAGUUCAGAAAUGGGAAAUACCAAUACAAAUAUUUUCAAAAGUAACCAUACCAAAAACUGUGUUCGGUGUAAAAAAGUUUGCAUAACAUAAAUAAAGAAGGCUAUCUUAUAGCACCAUACAUGCAUUUUAGAAAAAAUGUUUGAUAAUUUUGUAUUACCAGAGAGUCUUUAAUGCACAGAUUUCUUUCUGAAGCAGAUUAAACAAAAUAUCUGGACUGGAUAAAGGGAACAACUUCGAAUCCCUUCCAGUUUCAAUGCAAGCAUGACAUAUUGUUCCUGGAAGCAAAGUUUGUCUACUGCCACAAUUAGUACUCAUGUGCUUAAAAAGCAGAGUAAUUUAAAAAGGAAAGUGAUCACCAGAGUCUCUUUUCAUUUUAAAGCCAUUUUUUGCUAAAUCAUUUUUGAUACAAAAAUGUUUGUUCUAAAACUGUUUGGGUUUUCAGGGUAAUAUCCUUAAUUAGUAAUUUGCUGCAGAGUUGCCCAAAUUAAAUGGAGGAUCAAGAUCAUGUCUGCAAUAGAUGAGACAAAGACCAAGAUUUCUAUUUUUUUAAACAGCAGAAUGGAGACCAUUUUUAAAAAUAACUUUACUACAAAGAUUUAUUUAUGUAUCAGAUCAACUACUUUAUAAAGGUUUGUAUGCCUAGGGAUGACUUUUUUGUGUAUAAACCAUUCCAUCACCAACAGGAAACAACAUCAAGCAAACUCAGCAGCUGCUUAAACUGCUUCAUGCAGUGUGCUAUUUUUGAAAAAGAAAAGAAUGGUGCUACUUUACACUAUAGUAUUAUACAUACACAGAACUACCUGACACAAUGCUGUAUCCAUCCCACGGUGCUUCCACCACCCAUCCAGUGCUUGAAACGGCUUGGUUACUGCACUGUACAUUUUUAUGGUUCUGUUUUGGGUUUUUUAUAUUUAUGUAUAACCACAAAUGUUAACUAUUGCUAUUUUUUUGUAAGUUCAUAUUCCUGUAGUAUAUAUAUUUUUAUUUGGUACAUGUUGUUGAUUUUUUUAAUUAUUUUUUAAAUUGUAGUUCCCAAGGGCAGCCACUUGCUGACAUAUGUGUGAAUACUGUAAUUCUUGCCGAAAAGCAAACUUGAAAAACAAAAAGCUUUGUUCUAAAAAUUAAACUUUGAAGAAAUUAUCCUCUUACUAAUAGGUGCUACACAUAUAAUAUCUGUUUUCAGUACAAUUAUUUUCAGUCUUGUGUUGAGCCAAUUAUGUUACUUCUGCAUUUGAUUUCAUUCCAGUAUGUUCUGAUACAGUCAAUUACAUUACAAAUGUGUGCUGUAUUUUCUUUUGAUCUGCUUUUUGUUGGGCACAAAAGUUGAAACAUUUGUACAACUUAACUUUUUUUGUAUCAGAUACAACAGCAACAAUAAAAUUAUUUUGGGUAAAAA